AUGCAACCCGGACUCCGACCCAGACUCAAGGCUCGGCCUUCCCUUCUCGACCUCGUCCGCCACCGAAGCAACUCGUUUUCGUCGUCCCGUGCAGGAACCAGCGACUCGGCGUCUGCAGUCGAACUUCCCUUGCCAGCAUCUCCAGGGGCUGGAGCCGGAGCCGGAGUCGGUGUUGGCGGUGCUUGGUCUUGGUCUCCAGCUGGCUCGCGUCGCGGAUCUUUGCUGGCGGCGUCCGCUUUGGGUCCAGCCGCGUCGCCUGCGUCGCCUUCGCCGUCCGUCGUUGAGGUUGAGGCUCCUGCGCCGGCUGCUGCUCCCACGGGUGCUCCUGCUGUUGGGUCUCCCCUGGCGCCUGCCUCUGCUACAUCAUCGCCUCCACCCUCCCCACCAGGCACAGAGCUGCCUUUAAACUCUCCAUUCUCACCCUCACCACCUCUACCAGCUUCGCCAUCUCCCUCAACGUCGACGCCGCCAUCCCCACCGCGUCCGUCGCCCGUCUCCCAGCGCUCUUCUUCCGCCCAUCAAGAGCCUGAGCCGACGUCCUCAAAUCCUCCCAAGAUGCCGUCGAAAACCAAGAAUGCUGGCGACGAAGCUAUUCACUAUGGCAAAAUUUACUCCAUCUCCGGUCCCGUCAUUGUGGCCGAAGACAUGAUUGGUGUUGCCAUGUACGAACUCGUCAAAGUCGGUCACGAUAACCUCGUUGGCGAAGUCAUCCGGAUCAACGGAGACCAAGCAUCUAUUCAGGUUUACGAAGAGACUGCCGGUGUCAAGGUUGGCGAUCCCGUUGCCCGAAGUGGAAAGCCAUUGUCCGUAGAACUUGGCCCUGGCCUGCUUAACGGCAUCUACGACGGUAUUCAACGACCACUGGAGGAAAUCUCCAAAGUUUCCAAGACCAUUUAUAUCCCCCGCGGUAUUUCAGUUCCUGCGCUCGACCGAAAGAAGAAGUGGCAGUUUACUCCCGCCAAGAAGGUUGGCGAUCACAUUGCUGGUGGUGACGUUUGGGGCAAUGUCUUUGAGAACUCCUUCAUCUCUAACCACAGGAUCCUGUUCCCACCUCGCGCUCGUGGCAUCAUCACCAAGAUUGCACCCAAGGGCGAGUACACCGUUGCCGAAAAUAUCCUCGAGGUUGAAUUUGAUGGCAAGAAAACUGAAUACCCCAUGAUGCAGUCCUGGCCUGUUCGAGUCCCCCGUCCCACGACCGAAAAGCUGGCUGCUGAUCAGCCUUUCCUUGUUGGGCAACGCGUCUUGGAUGCUCUUUUCCCCAGUGUUCAGGGUGGCACUGUUGCCAUUCCUGGUGCUUUUGGCUGCGGCAAGACUGUCAUCAGUCAGUCUGUGUCCAAGUUCUCCAACAGCGAUGUCAUUGUGUACGUUGGAUGCGGUGAGCGUGGAAACGAGAUGGCCGAAGUCUUGAAGGACUUCCCUGAGCUGUCCAUCGAUGUUGACGGCCGCAAGGAACCCAUCAUGAAGCGAACAACCUUGAUUGCCAACACCUCCAACAUGCCCGUCGCUGCCCGAGAAGCUUCCAUUUACACUGGUAUUACUGUGGCCGAAUAUUUCCGUGAUCAGGGUCUGGACGUGGCCAUGAUGGCUGAUUCCACAUCGAGAUGGGCUGAGGCUCUGAGAGAGCUUUCUGGUCGACUGGGGGAAAUGCCUGCUGACCAAGGUUUCCCCGCCUAUCUCAGUGCCAAGCUUGCUUCCUUCUACGAACGUGCCGGCAAAGUUCAAUCUUUGGGCUCCCCUGAGAGGCAUGGCAGUGUGAGCAUUGUCGGCGCCGUCAGCCCGCCUGGUGGUGACUUCUCAGACCCCGUUACUACGUCGACCCUCGGUAUCGUUCAAGUCUUUUGGGGUCUGGACAAGAAGCUCGCUCAGCGAAAGCAUUUUCCUUCAAUCAACACUAGUGUGUCAUAUACCAAGUACACCACCGUCCUGGACAAAUUCUAUGAAAAGGAUUACCCCGAGUUUCCGCGGCUCCGAGACCGAAUCAAGCAGCUCAUUUCCGACUCGGAAGAACUCGACCAAGUCGUGCAGCUCGUUGGUAAGAGUGCCUUGUCCGACCCCGACAAGAUUACUCUCGAUCUUGCCGCUCUGAUCAAGGAAGAUUUCCUGCAACAAAAUGGUUACUCAGACUAUGAUCAGUUCUGUCCCAUUUGGAAGACGGAGUGGAUGAUGAAGCUCAUGGUGGGCUUUCACGAUGAGUCUCAAAAGGCAAUUGCCCAGGGCCAGAGCUGGGGCAAAGUACGUGAAGCCACUGGCGACCUACAGGCCAAGCUGAAGCAACUCAAGUUUGAGCUUCCCUCAGAUGGGCAGGAGGUUGUUACCAAGAAGUACGAAGCUAUUCAACAGGAGAUGAUGGACAGGUUUGCAUCCGUCAUUGACGAGUAA